AUGAAUUUCGAGUUUUUGGACCACACAUCAGAUGUCCAGAUUCACUCGUGGGGAGAUUCUCUUUCGGAAGCAUUAGAACAGCAGAUUCUAGGCAUGUACUCGUACAUGUCAGAUGGUCUUAAGAAUGUAGAAGAUGUUUACACUAUGGAUUUUGAAGCAGAAGGCUCGGACAGGGCAGCUACGCUUUAUCAGAUCUUAUCAGAAUGUCUAUACUACUUCACAUCCGAGCCUUUUUUCGUUGCCCAGUCUGUUGAAGUGGUGGAUAUCAGCGACAAAAAGGUUCAUGUCCGAGCUAAGGGAGAGUCAUUCACAACUGAGAAACAUGAACCUGGUACUGAGAUCAAAGCCAUCACUUACUCAAACCUCCAAAUCAUUGAAAACGGAUCUCGCGUUGACAUUUAUGUUGUUGUUGAUAUUUAA